GCCCAAAUUAGCACAGGCAGGCUCAGUAGAACUCCGAGCCGGAUUCUUUCUGAGCGAUUGAUUGACUCGGCUUGGUGACGUAUUUUGUGGGCGUCCGUCGUGGUCUUCUGAUGACGCAGUUAGUCGGCUGCAAUGGCGCCGGUGAGGCGGUCCGCGAAGUGGCGGCUUGGUGGUAUUGAGGCGCGUGGUGAAGGGGUUUCCACGGUCGGGUACAGGAAUAAGAAUGUGAAACAGAAGACAUGGAGGCCUAACCACCCGCAAGCCUUCGUGGGGAGCGUUCGCGAGGGACAAGGCUUUGCUUUUCGAAGAAAGCUGAGAAUACAGCAAAGUUACAAGAAAUUGCUACGGAAGGAAAAGAAGCCUCAAACGUCACUGGAAUCUCAAUUCACAGAUCGAUACCCAGAUAAUCUGAAACAUCUCUAUUUAGCUGAAGAGGAAAGACUUAGGAAGCAACCAAGAAAAGUCGACCAUCCUUUGUCAGAACAAGUUCACCAGCCUUUGCUUGAAGAACAGCGUAGCAUUGACCAGCCUUUAUUUGAAGAUCAGUGUAGCUUUGACCAGCCUCAGCCAGAACAAUGUAUUAAAACAGUGAACUGCUUUACAAUUCCAAAGAAAAAUAAAAAGAAAACAUCAAAUCAAAAAGCACAAGAAGAAUAUGAACAGGUACAAGCUAAACGUGCUGCUAAGAAACAAGAAUUCGAGAGGAGAAAACAGGAGAGAGAAGAAGCCCAAAGGCAGUACAAAAAGAAGAAAAUGGAAGUAUUUAAAAUAUUGAACAAAAAGACUAAAAAGGGCCAACCAAACUUGAAUGUACAAAUGGAGUACCUUCUACAAAAAAUACAAGAAAAAUGUUAAACAUUUUAUUCCUACAGGUUAAAAUAUCUGCUGCCUAUUAGGUUCUUCUGUGACAAGUGCCUCCCAGCAGUGAACUAAAUUUGUCGACAUAAACUGGAUUGCUAAACUAUGCUAAAUAUAAGAUGUUCACAUAUUUUUAUUAUGGUAAAAAAUUUUCUAAAUAUGUUCUA